UAAGUGGAAACAUUGGUUAAUUUUUUCUCCAAAAAAACGCAUGAGCGCGUGUUACGGUGUGCUUUAGAUAAGAUUUAGCUUGUGUUUUAAUUAAUUCAAUGAGACAGGUGUAAACACAUAAACUAACCAAGAUGUUAACUCCACGUUUCAAAUUAUCCCAAGACAACAAUCAUAUUUUUAUUAAUAUAAAUGCACCAUACACAAACCUUGGAGAUACAGAGAUCGACGUUGAAGGAGAAAAUUUUCUUUUUGUUUCAAGUCCAUAUUUCUUAAGAUUACGUUUGCCUGGAAGGAUAGUGGAUAAUGAUUUCUCAAAAGGUUCAUAUACAUGUGACUCGGGUGAUUUCAAUCUUACAUUCGAUAAAGAAACACCAGGGGAACACUUUGAGAAUUUGGAUAUGAUCACGAGUUUGUUAGCACCGCGAGAUAUACCAGAUAUCAACCCUGGUUUAGUAGAAAUGUUAGAAGAGGACGGAAUAACUUUGGAAAACGAUGUUGAAUGCGAUAACUCCAAUUCUUUCGCAUUUGGUUUUGCUAAUAAAGUGACCACUGAAUUUAGCAACAUUGGCUCAGAAUUUCCGCAGAUAUUUGAAUUGAGAGUGCCCGAAAGCGUCUCAAUAAUUGAUCGGCAUGACCUUAGAAUAAAAUAUGAGAAUGAUAAGUUCUCCUCUGAU